ACUGAUCAGGUCACGGGGAAAACAAAUUACAUGUCAUAAGAUUUUUUGUGGAUGGAUAGAAAUUUGCAGCGUAUCUUGAUCGAAUACGAGAAUAAAACAUAAUUACCAGGAUCGUAGCCUGUAUAACAUCCUUUUGGGAUUUGUUUGGUUGUUAAUUUUUCUUUGUUUGUAUACUUAUUUGGUUCAGCCAUAAUCUAUCUGACGUCUCAUCGGCGCAUAAAAGUUUAAUUGAACGCUUUGUAACAAGUCUAUGCGGCCGGGUGAAGUCACAUGACAGAAAUUGAUAGAAAGAUGGCGGCUCACAUGAGACCGGGGGACCGAACGUUCUUCGUCUACGAUCACUCGGUCAUAAAGAAAGAAGAUGAUGACCCUAAGGAUGCGAUUAUAUAUUACUUUCCGCAACACACUUCCAUUGACGUCCAGUGCAUUUUCUGCAACCAGCUGAUGGGCAUGGUGAACUGCACCAAGGCCAUUGGAGGGGCGCCUCCCAAAUUGUACAAACUGCGGAAGCUCAAAGUGGCCACCAUACACGAGGGUAACUUUUCCGUGGCACUAGCUUGCAAGUUGAGGACCCCAGACACGGCCAUCAUUCGGAAAUUGGAGAACCUGUACAAAGUGUUUGCUUUCUACCACUGCUCAAUCACAAGAGUUAAAAGGCUUUCUAGCAACAAUGAGGCUUUUCUUUCCAACAUGGCUGCCAUUUGGGACUUUUACGUGCCCUAUGUCCGUCGCUAUGGCAACACAGUGCCGGCCAUGUUUGAACCCAUCCCAAGUGUAAAACUGUUGAAGGGUGGGAAUGUCAUCUUCUUAAGAUGUUCUCAUCUUCUACAGUGGCUGAAGGGCCAGCCCUCACUUCUCGCUGGCUGUAUCCUGUACAAACAAAGUGUGCUUUGUACUCAGCUGACCCCUGAGUUGACCUCUCAUCUGCUCCUUAUUAAACCAAAUCAACUGCAUCAUCCUUCCAAGUCUGUGACAGACACAGUCCUGCCGUUUGGUGUCCGGAUCAUGUCCGUCUAUGUAACUCAGCAACAGUACAAACAGCUCUCGACGCCCCUUGAGCCCCUGCUUAAGCCCCGUCCAAGCCCAGUCCAAACCAAACAACCAGAAGGCAUUUUUUGCACGCCGCCCUCUUCUCCAACAGAAAAAUCAAACGGCAAGAACCAGCCAUUGACGAGUAACCAAGCCGUAUCGAAGAGAACUUUGGAGAGAAGAAUCAGCUCAAAGCUGUUUUCAAAUUUCACCGGGAUGCUGGAGGGGACUGUGGUUGAGUCGCUCUGGCCCUCCACGUCGAAAUCAAGCAGGCCCAGUUCAAGAUCAGAGUCUCCCUGGGAAGAUUCUAAAAGGGACAAUUGGAAGGCUGGGUCGCCAAGUUGGAUGGCCUCCACGCCUAAAUCAAGCAGGCCCAGUUCAAGAUCAGAAUCUCCCUGGGAAGAUUCUAAAAGGGACAGUUGGAAGGCUGGGUCGCCAAGUUGGAUGGCCUCCACAUCUAAAUCAAGCAGGCCCAGUUCAAGAUCAGAGUCUCCCUGGGAAGAUUCUAAAAGGGACAAUCAAAAGUAUAGGUCACCAAGUUCGAUGCAAGAUGGUGGUUAUGAGGUAGUAGUGUUAUCCAGUAGUAGUGAUGAUGUUGUGAAAGCCCUUCAAGAGGACGGAGGUUCUUCAGUAAGAGAGGUGACUGGAAUUAGUCCUUCUGAUGCUCAAAUGGCUUCAGGUCAUUACGACAUUACUGAUGUGUCUGAUUCCAAGCAGAGGCCAUUCGACUGCCCUGAUUUGUUGACUGAACCACGGAGCUCACAGAAUAGUAAAAUAGUGUUGUCUGAAGCACCACUUGCCAAAAAUGACACAACUACGUCAAAGGCCAAAAAUGAAACUGAUUUGGGAUACGCAGAAAUGAAUCUUCCAAAUGGGACUGCUUGUUUGGAAGAUGGACAACAAAGCUUUGCCGAGGAAGGGAGAUUGAAAGAUAAUGUCUUGGAAGCUGAGGCUGAGAGAGACACGUUAUCUGAACAAAAAGUACAUUCUGACAGUGUAGAAGAAAGUCAUGCACAAACUGGUGUGGCUGUUACAUAUGCAUCGACUGAUUGCUCAAGGGGGAAAGAUCUUGGAGAGGAAAUAAUAUCUGAGAGCAACAAGCAGCUUUCGUUUCCAAGUGAAUCUCUGAAAGCAAUCCCAAAUGUCUCAGAGCAAAAGAGCGAGUCACCAGAAUCUGGGAUUGGAGACUGUUUGGCGGAAGAUUUCAGCGGAAAGAACCCAGGUACUGAUGAGAAAGACAAUGGAUUUGUGGAAAGAGAAGAGAUUGGAAACUUUGUGGAUGUGAUUCCUGCUGGGGAUGCACCUAUAAGUGAUGGAGAUUGUAACCGAAGUAUUGUAUGUGAAGACAAACAUUCAGACAACCCAGUGGAUGCUAAAAACACAACAAAUGCAAUGAGUGACCAAUGCCUUUGUAAUGAUGAUAGUAAAAGUGGAUUGGAUAAAGGUUCUGAUGCUUACUGCAAAAAUGGAAAUGUUUCACUGCUAAUUUCUACAGACAAAGUUGAUGGCAUUGAGUCAAAUGUAAGAUUGAACAGUGUCGAUACAAACAAUGAAUAUAAUUCUAGCAUUAUUGAAGAUUCUGUAGGUAGCAAAGAGAUUGGAAAUAUCUCAGGUACAUCUGAUGGAGACCACAACUUGGUUCGUGAAGUGUCCCAGUUAAAUGGUGAUGUCCUGAGAAGCGCCAGAGAUGAGCUGGGAGAAGACCCUGAUCUGGUGGAGUCAUCACAGAUGCCAGAGUCUGCUGUAAAGGAUGAAAGGAGGGGAGACUUGGAAGAUGUCAACUUGAAUGUGAAGUAUGAGGAGACUGAGCAGAUACCAACUGAAUCAUCCCCAGAAUGUGAGAGGAAGGGUGCAGUUGGUGAUGUCAGAGUAGAAGAUGAAUUAGAAAAGGCAAGGUUAUCGGAGGAGGAGGACAAAUGUUCAGAUGAAGACGAGAGAACAAUUCUUGCUGAAGAUGAAGGGAUUGAGGUUGUGAUUGCCAAUGGACAGGCGUCCCUCAACAUGGAUGUCAAAUCUGACAAUGAAGGACCUUCAGAUAAAAUUGCCACCGAAUCAAGUAGAAGGUUGUCCUUUAAUCUGGAUACAGAGGUGCAGGUGCCUCAGUCAAGAGAGGAAAAUAAGUCAGAGGUAUCCCAAGACCUCGCAGAGGCAGUGGGAAGGCAUGGGGGUUUUGCUGAUGUGCAGUCAAUGAAAGAAAAGCCUGGAAACGAUAACGAAUGCAGUGUAAUUAACACUGAGGGACCUGGUCAGGAAGCUGUCCAGGCCUUGGGAGUAAACGUCCCGGAUGUGCAGGAAUCUAUAAAAGCGGAUGCUCCUGAUGAACUUGAAGGUGCCAGACCUGGAGAAGUUGGUGAAUCUUUGGAAGGUCGUACAACAGGGAAUGAACCGGAGGUGCAUUUGAAUACCUCUUCAUCGUCAUCUGGGAUUGGGACCAGGGAAGAUGAUGCGAGUCUAAGGGACAAUGUCAAUGAGAAGGAAGGAGAAGCUUAUGAAGAAAUUGGUGAUGUCAGACAGGAGGAUAUUGGAGAAUCAGUGGAGGGUUAUGCAGAGGAGACAAGGCCAAUACUGGAGGGAGAUUUCUCUACAAUGCAGCAUGACACUGAGCUGAGUCCUGAUUUGGUCAACGUCAGCUUGUAUGUCCAGGCCCACUCUGACACUACCUUGUUGUUCCUUGCUGAAAAAUCCAUCACAGAGGAGAAGGAAACCCUGUUCCAAUUGUGGCAGUCUGUCCUGAGGGAACUUGGUGAGCUGGAGCUGCAGUUGAAAAAUGUAGUGAGACCUGAUCGAGAACUGGAUUGCAAAGGGGCCUACAACUUCAUGCACUUUGAUAAUGAACAAAAGUUAUUAGAAGGAAGCAUCAGCAACCCUGUCAACCAAGCUGAGUCCGUCUUUUGUCGAGGAUGUCAACAGAUCCACGAGCAAUUCCUGAGCGAUGAAACACUGACGGAUGUUACUCUGCGUAAUCACCAGACAGUUGUCCAUGCCCAUCAGAGCGCUUGCCAGCACACUUUCUACCACAAGAACCACAAGCCCAGCCCCACCCCCGGUAUCCCUUCACGAGACGACGCUGCAUUCUACAUCCAGAAUAGCUGCAAGGAGUCCCUUAGAGAACACAACAUCCACUUGCUGUGAGUUUGGGUUUCUUUGAUGUAAGUUGAAUAUCAUUUCUAUGCAAAGAAUCUUUGGAUUUGAACCUGGGUCUGCAGAACAUGAUCAUUGCACUCUACCAACUUAGCGAUAGAGGAUUUCAAAUUACCAGCCAAAUUGAGGUCCACAGUUUUAAGCCAUGAAUGAUAUUUAAAAACUUUUCUUUUUCACAACUAAAGAGUUAACAUACCGUUCUAAUUAGCCUAUUCAAUUCCCAUCAACCUAAAGUAAGUAAGCAAGUAAGAAUUUUGCUGUAAGGCCUGGUCUUUUUGCAACAACAACAUUCAAGCUGUGCACAUAUUAGUUCAAACAUUUGGUUGUGCAGUCUUGGCUGUGAUAGGUCAAAACGUUCUCAGACGUUAAUCUUCCUGUUGGAAGCCUCCUGUUGGAAUUCCAACUUAAUUCUCCAAAUUCCCUAAAAGGCUUAAAACCUACUGUGUUCAUUUUACAUUGUGUAAAAUGAAUAAAGUCAAAAACAAAUUCUGUGAUGCACUGUGGGUAAAGCAGAAUUUGCUGGAAACAACUAAUGCAUUUUACAUUCUUUCUUGCGCUUGAAAUUCCUUAACUACUUUAGCCUUGAAAUUUCCUUUCUAGAAAUUAACAGAUAAGUUACAUAAUUAUUAAUAGUGUACAGCAGUUUGCAAGUUGUGGGACUCAAUCAGCAUUAACCUGAAUGACAGUGUUUGCUUAAUGUUUGUUUGACUAUAUGAAAUAUAUGUAAACAUUUUUCUUACCUACAAAAAAAGAAAUCGUUUUUAUUUUUAUACCGGCAAUAAAAAUUAUCUCAAAUUUUAUGCUUUGAUGUUUAACCCGUUGUCUAGAAUUUGAAGCGGUUAAUAUUAUUACAUUUUGGGGAGAAGGAUAAACAUGCCAGAGGCGUCGUGAGAAAAAAAUGUGAAUUUUAACUCCGUAAUUCGCAUGUAAAUUAUUACUGUAAAUUGAUGUAAAAUUUCAAUAUUUAAAUCUAUGAAAAUAACAAGAACUAGCAUCUUUGUUUAAGUAUAUAUGUUUAUAUGUUAACGUCCACUACAGAUUCUGCAAGCGCAAUGUACAAUGACUUUAUAUGAGAUAUUAAAAUAUUAAAGCUAUAGUC